CUGAUUGAAACGAGCAUAGCGUUGUUUACAAUCAUUUCCGAGGCACUAAUUUUAAAUUGAUUUAGCGGCUAGAAAAUGGAUCCUAAAGUCUGUCGCACUUGUGGAAAACGUACAAAUACCGACGGAUCACUAAAUAUAUUUGAAGAGCGCAAUCAAAUCACUCUUGAGCACAUAAAACUUCUAACUGGGGCUUUGUUGGAUAACUGUACCACUUUGCCAAAUCUGAUAUGUUUGCCCUGUCAAACUCAAGUGAAACAAGGCAUGUCCUUCCGGGAACGCUGCUUGGAGGUGGAGAAGAAACUUCUCGAAUCGCUGAACGAAGAAGAGCUUAUAAAAAUCUCUCCGGAAUCUCCCAAAAGGAUCUUUGAGCCGGAGGAGCACCUGGAACAGUCACAAAUCAGUAUUGAAAUCGAGCGAAUGGACAAUGUCUAUAUAGAACCCAGUGAAACGGCCUAUCAUAAAUUAGGAGACAUCCUCAGUGAAUCGGAAAUCAACGAUGAUGCGAAUAAUGACGACGAUAUUGUUUACAGUGAAGUGGAUUACCUUCUUUCCGAAAGCGAUCAGGAGAUGAAUCAAAUCCCAGACCUGAAAACCGCACCUGUUAAAGCCAAAACAAGAAAACGUCGGAAAUUCUGCGACACCAAUGGCACAUUUGUUUGCGACGAGUGCGGAAAUCACAUCAAAGGGAGGAUAGCAUUUAUACUGCAUUGUAAGCGACAUCGCGGCGUCAAGGAGUUUGAGUGCGAAUUCUGUGAGGAUCGUUUCUGUACGCCGGCUGAACUGAAGCGCCACACCCGCAGGCACACCGGGGAGAAACCUUUUAAGUGUAGACACUGUGCCCGCAGCUUUUCGGAUUACAGCACGCGGCUGAAGCACGAGCGGACCCACACAAAUGAGCGCCCCUUUGCCUGCAAAGAGUGCAACAGUGCCUUCACAACAGCCUACAUUCUGAAGAACCACAUGCUGGUGCACACCGGCGAACGGGCUUUCAAGUGCAACCUCUGCGAUAAGUCCUUCAGUCGCGAUACACACCUCAUCACUCACUAUCGUUCAAAUGCACACAAACGAAACAUGUUGAAGGAGGGCACAACCAUAGAUCAGGAUUCGGAAGAAUUUGUUUAAGAAGCCCUAUAGUUUUAUCUUUAACAUAAUGAAGGUAACUAUCGAAUUAAGUGAAUCACUAGUAAGCCAUAAAUAAAAUUGUAUUUACACUAUA